GCAUGCAAGCAAUUCGAUGCAAGUUAACUCCCAUGCUAUUCAAUCAAAAUGGCGUCCUCGUGUUCAAACAUCGAUGUGCUGGUAGAGCCGGAUAUUAAUACUGUUCCCUCAUGUUCCCACGGACCAUGUCUUCUUUUCGACCAGUACACGAAGGAUGGGAGGAGUCGAAAGUUCUUUGCGUGCUCAGCAUUCAGGAAUCGCAAACAGUGUAGUUUUUUCCGUUGGGCAGAAGACUUGAAAUAUUGCCACAGCAAAGGACAGCUAGCUUCAGAUCCUCUCUCCCAGAAUGAAACUCAGAUACAAAAAUGCGAGAAAAGCCACACUGCCAACCGAAAAAGAUACUUGCAGUUUAAGAAGUUGCCAUGCAAAGAAAGAACUGCUUGCACUACCUGCGGCAUUGUGCUGUUGCCUGGAGAAUUAAAUGAGCAUGAAAAGAAAGGUCAUGUCCUCCGCCACAAAGUCAAACUCCAUGAUCUCCAGCAUCCCACAUCUUUCUUUGCACCAUAUGAAGACAAUAAGACAUAUGCACAAUACUUGUUCUCAGAUACCACAGUGGACUUUCUGUUGUCUUAUCUGGAGAGUAAAGAUUUCACACAUGUCCUUUGUGUUGGUGCUCCAAGAAUUCAUGAAGCAAUCACUUUGAGAAAGAGGUCAGGGAAUGUGACUUUGACAAGCCUUCUGUUGGAUUUAGAUGAGCGCUAUAUGCAAGUAUAUCCACGCAAACAGAUGUGUUUAUACAACAUGUUCAACCACUAUUUUUUUGACUCCAAAGGAGAGUCCAUCUUCCUAUCUUUUCUGCAUGAUGGUGGUAAAGGAGUAGUCUUAGUGAGUGAUCCACCCUUUGGAGGCAUGGUGGAACCUCUUGUAGCCACCUUCAGGAAGAUUGAGCAGUCCUGGCAGCGAAAUGUGGAAACAGGUGUGUCAUCAGAAAACUUAAAAAAAGAAAUAAGUGACUUACCAAUAAUCUGGUUCUUCCCCUACUUUAUGGAAAAGCGCAUUACAGAUGCAAUGCCAUCUUUGACGAUGCUAGAUUAUAAGGUUGAUUAUGAAAAUCACACCUUAUUCAAGACAAAAGAAGUUAAGAAGAAAGGUAGCCCUGUCCGAAUAUUCACAAACUUGCCAGCUGAAUUAUUUGCUCUUCCAGCAUCAGAAGGCUACUGGUUCUGCGCAAAAUGUCAGAGGUUCAGUGCAGAAGAAAACAGACACUGUGACAAGUGUGGCAGCUGCACCUCUAAGGAUGGAACCACCUACAAACACUGUGAUUCGUGUAAGAGAUGUGUGAAGCCUUCACGUGUCCACUGUCCACAGUGCGAUGUUUGUGACCUUCCCUCUCAUAUUGUGGGCAGCAGCAGCACAAGCUAGGUUGUUACAUUUGUGGUAUGGUGGAGCACAAGAGAAAGGAUUGUCCACAGAAGUUUAGUUUACCCCAUCAGAAACGCAACAAACGGUUCGCAGAGGAAAAGGAUUUUACGUCAAAGAAAAGACGUACAAAGACCUGAUCUUCAUUUGGUUUUGCCGUGUUUUGUUUAUUGCUUUAGUUUGUAUAAAGACAGUGAUGUCACCCAUUGUUCAGGAAAGUGAAACAAUGUUUUUGUUUUAAAAAAAGGGCGCGGGCACGUCUAAAAAUUCUUUUGUGAUUUAUUGGAAAGAUACGUGUGUGCCAAAUGACAAGAUUGUUCGUGGCAACCACGUUACCAUAGUUCUUAGCGUAAUGUGAUAUUAACCGAUUCAAUGUGAAUAUUGUUGAUGUUUUUUAUGCAUAAUUUUCUACUUUGAAACAAACCAAAGGGUUUUUUCAAUAAAGAAGCCGAAGUGAUAGUUUGUGAGAAAUACAUCAGUAGGCGUCGGCAAACAAAGUAUCUUUAAGUGGAAUAAACAUGAGGUUGAAAUGACAGGCUACGGGUGGAUGUUGAUCAUGUAAGAAAGUGUGGCUUCAAGAGGUCCCCGCACUUCACCUCUUGAAACGCGAGGAAUCCGUUGACUGAUUUAUGUGUGACUUGAAGGUCUAGUGGGGUGUAAUUCAUGUAUAAUCCUGACACCUGUGUUGUUGACUUCUUUCUGUGUGGGGAUAUUUGUAGGUGGGUUUCCCGAGAACGGAAAUGUGUGUUGGGGUUAUUUGGGGAAAUGGUAUCUGGCUCUGAGCUUUGCAGAAAUCCACCAGCGGGUUUCCCCGGCAGACGGGUGCACCACUAACCAGAGACAGUUGCAUAUAAACAUACUACU